AUGAAAAUUCAACAACAAAAAUCAACAUCGAAAUAUCAACCAUAUUCUCCUUCCUCACCUCGCCUUCAACAGGCCAUCAAGUCUGCCAAAUAUGCGACCUCACAAGAUUCCAGAGGCGCCAUACCAGUCUUUCAGUUUGAAAUAAAUGGCCAUCCUAUCCUCUGGGAUAGUGAAAAUGGGUAUGUCCAUUUCACUGGAAUAUGGAAGGCGUUGGGUAACAGCAAGGCAGACAUCGUGAAAAUCGUCGAUGGAAACCCUGAUCUUCAGGUGAAGAAGGUUAGAGGCGGCUGCCUCACCAUCCAAGGUACUUGGAUGCCUUUCGAAAGUGCAAGGGCACUUUGCGUGAACAACGCCUGGGCUCUCAGGUUUGAUCUGGUUCCUGUUUUUGGGAAA